AUGUCAAAGCCAAUUAAUGUCUAUUCUAUUCCAGAAUUGCGCCAAGCCCUAGAUGAAGCUUUACCAAUUACUUUGAAAAGAUUGAACUAUACCCAAUCCCAUCUCUUCCAAGAUAUCAAAUUAGGUUUGGGUUAUUCAAUGGGUUUAAUUGCCGCUACCAGUUUUUUAUUGGAUAAGAAAUUCAAAUGGAAUCAAACUUUAUUUUAUCAAAAAUUAUUAGUAGGUCUCUAUUUCAUCUUAUCUAUUACAUUUUGGAUCUUUAAUCAUUUCAUCGAAAAGGGUCUCACCUAUCAAGGAAUCAACAAGAAAGAUUCCAUUAAAUUGAAAAUAAUGUCUAGAUUAAUUGAAAAUAAUUCAAGGGGCAACUCCAACAACGAUACUCCAAUCUAUCAAAUCCAUUUCAAAUUAAUAAAUGUAAAUAACUCUACAGAAAAAAACAACGAAUUGACUUCUGAAUUAUUGGUCACCAAGAUAUUCUCAGAGCAAGGAUAUCUACAAACCAAUCUAUUCUAUGAAUACUUGAAUGAUCAAAUUAAUUUGUUGAAGGAGAAGAAAAAAAAUUAA